AUGAGCUGGGCAGCGGUAGUUAAUCAUUUUAAGCAAACUUGGCUUACUACAUUGCUAAGUUUAGUUUUAUUUUCUGGAGUUACUUAUUUUUUAAUAUGGGCUGAGUGCCACACCAUUCAAAGUAAUCUUGUACUAGAUGAGCUGGUAUUUGCUGCAGAAAGUAUUGAUGUUCACACCAAUGACGAAGCAGAGAGAUAUGAAGGACGAGUGGUGCACAUAAUAGGGCCUCUUAGAAUACUCGAACCUAUCUCAGAGCCUGAUUAUAACAUCCAUGUACAAGCUGUAAAGUUGAGGAAGAGAGUUCAGAUGUAUCAAUGGAUUGAAGAAACUACUGAAACAGAUAAUUUUUUGAGUGAACCAGCUGAAGAAUCUCAAAAGACGUACUGGUAUCAUAAAGACUGGCGAGACUAUGUAGUCGACUCUGCAUUGUUCUACAUAAGACCUGGUCAUCAUAACCCAACAUCAAUGCCUUUGUUCAGUGAGACGCAUAUAGCAGAGAAUGUAAAGAUCGGUUGGAUGCAUUUAGGCUUAGAUGUAAAACGAAAAGUAAAUGACUAUUAUGAAAUAUGGUCAGAUUCGAGACCAGACAGAAGUGACAUCAAGUUACACUCAGGUUUCUACUACCAUGGGAACAGUGCUUUGGAACAUGAAAUAGGUGAUCUUCGAAUUCAUUUCUCUUUUGCGGGACGAGAGGAUGACAUUUACACAGCCGUUGGUGUUGUGGAACGAGGUGUUCUCCAGCCCUACAGUCCGAAGAACUUCCCAACAGCUGAUCCAUUGUCACUCAUGAGGAAAGGUUCAUAUAGUUUGAAACAGUUGUAUGAUCUAGAGAAACAUCAUGCAAACACUCACACUUGGAAGUACAGAUUGUUGGGUUUGAUACAAGUGUUUGCAUCGGCAAUGACGUUACAUCCUGAAUGGCUGACAAUGUUUAUGCAAUGUGAAUGGAUAUCAAAUAAUUUGAGACGCUGUACAAGAAUUUGGAUUAAUUUCAUUCUUUCCUUUUCAUACACAUUAUUCGUUAUUUCCCUGCCAUGGUUCUUAUACAAACCGUCUUUCGGAGUGAUGGUGCUGGGUGUAGGGCUGCUACCAAUAUUACACUACUCGAAUAUACUUACACGGGACCAGCCCGCACGGUAUUUCCGAUGGGAGGAUCGUUAAGGUUUAUAAUAAUGAAAGCAAACUUUUUAUCGUUGAUUAGAAAAAAAAUUAAACGAGACGUUUCCAGUGUCACUUACUAAUAGUGAUAUUAAGAUUGUAAUUGCUAAAAAAAUUAAAAAUGUACGUGACUAUAAAUGAUGUCAUUUCUAAAAUGUUUUCAUUUUAAAUUAUAAAAUAGGUAUUUCAAACUGU